UAGAUUUUGUAUCAAUGAAUUACUAAGACAUUUACAUAAAAGUGCACAUCAAAAUAUUAUUUUUGUAUUUACAAAUGCUCGAGCGACUUUUUUUAAACCUGGUGUAACAUCAAAAAUUCUUCGAGCACUUUUAGAUCAACAUAAAAAAGAUCAUGAUGUUGAUGUAUCUUUUUCAAGAGAAAAUACUUUUCUAUUAGAUAAUGAAUCAUUUAGAUAUUUAGCAUUGAGAAAAAAUGGUGUUCGAUUAAAUAAUGAUCAAACAUUAAGCUAUCAAAAAAAUUGGGAUCAUACUAUUAAGGAAUAUUCAAAUCUUAUUAAUCAUAUUGUGGCACGUCCUCUUCAUGCUGUUAGUAAUACACUUUCACUUAAUGAAGCUGAACAAUUAGUUAGAAAGUUAACACGUCCAAUUGCUGAAAUAGCAAAACUUAUUCAAGAAAAUAUUCAACUUGCACGAGAAUUUCGUAAAACUACCAUACAAAAUUCUCAAAUAUUUAAUCAAGGUUUACCACAAAAUGAAGUUAAAAUUGUACCACUAGCCCAUCCACGAUUAGUUUGCACUAAUAAAAAGUGCUGUAGACCUAUUAUUGUUAAUAAUGAGACCGUAACUGAAUACAUAACGAUUUGUCAUGAACCAUGCUAUUUGAAAGGUAUUGUAGAAGAAACUAUUAAGGAUCCAAGAAUAAAACAAUGUGAAGUUAUUAAUUAUAUAACAGGUUAG